AUGGACCCGUCGUCUCAUCACGAUGAUAUUGUACAAGAUAGCGAGGAUGAAGGUUUGAUGGGUCUGGAAUUGGAUCUAAACCCAAUGUCCUCAGGCCAUACAAGCGCGCACCAAAGCAGCGACAGAGUCGCGACGUCAUCGAUCCAGACCACCUCCACGACAAGAUUACCUGUGGCAGCACUUCCCGUUGUGCCGACUGAUGUAUCUUCGUCUACAUUCAACACAAACACUGCUGUAUCUUCCAUUUACUCAGGCUCUACUAUCCCGAAAUCCUCUACCAGCAGUCGCCCCCGACCCAGGCCCGCAUAUAAGGGCGCCAAGGCUCAGGCGACCAUCGUCGGUACUACUGUGGCCUCGACGUCUACCGCUACGCCGUCAUCUGAGAUCCAGACCUCAAGCUCUGCUUCUAACGUCCCGAGAAAUUUGCCCUCAUCUAUACCUUUGGCGACCACCGACACUAUUGUGGAGUCAUUCUCGAUUUACGACAAGGCCAAGAGCGACAUUACCCCAAACGACAAUAUAGAACUAUAUACCCAGGACAUGAACAUCGCAGAGCGCGCAAAACUCCGUUCUCGCUCACGCACUACUAAGUCACAGGCACAGCAGCGCGCAUAUAGCCCGACAGACGACGUGAUUAAUAUACCAUCCUCCGACUCUGAGAUGAACUUACGUCCCCCCGUCCGGAAGAGCAAAGCCCGACCCAAGCCACUAGCCCCACAGAAGCCCUCGCCCUCUACGAUGAAUCGUACGAAGACGUCACAUAUGCAGGCAGAAGAGUCGGAUCCGAUCAUGUUGUCUGUGCCAGUUGCAGAGACUAGCAUUGAUCUCAGCUCCUCCCUUCCUCCUUCCUCCCUUCCACCUCCCUCAUCAAUCAAUGGGCUCUCUUCGAUUUCUACCGACGCAGACAACGUGCUUGACGGCGCGAUCUCGCCGCUGUCCUCCUCCCCGCUACCCGCGCCGCGUAAGAGGAAGAGAAAGAUGCUGACCUUUGAUGAAGAGGAUGGCGUGGAUUCCCGAGCAAGCGAACGGAGUGGUGCAGGCGAUACGUUCAUAGAAGCUACAGGUCCUGCUCCGUUCUUCGCUGGGUCCUCGCCGGAUGCGCCGACGUCAGACACUUUGGUCGGGUCGUCCUCGAUGGCCAGCAAUGCCAACGGAAAGGUGAAGGGCGCUACCAAAGCUCAAGGUAAUGAAGGGGGCGUCCGCGAUGUUGAUGAUGAGGAAGGGGGAAAGGAGCCCGCGCCCAAAUCCAAGCCCAAGGGCAAGCAGCGGAAGAAGAAGGGGGAUGACGACGAUGAAGAAUGGGGUGCUGACGAUGCGCCGAAGGCUUCACGCAGGGGGCGGAAGAAGGGCAACAGCGACGACGACGAAGAUUGGUCCGCCAAGCCUAAGAAGAAAGCACCACCAAGGAAGAAGGCUACGAGCAAGAAGGACGUGGCAGCACAUCAGGUGUCCGUCGUGAUCGAUCGACCGAAGACAGGAAGGGGUGCGAAGGCGAAAGGUGGUACGAAGGGACCAAAGCCCCCAACAAGCAAAGAGUUCGUCGAGGAUUCCGAAGGCGAGAACGACCGUAUCUUGAUGCCUCCGCCCGAUGCCAUUCCAUCACAUUCAGCCACAACGCCAGUACCAUCGUCCCUCACCUUCGAAGAUGACGAGCUGCUCCUGGUGCCUCAACUUGACAAGCCUGGGGCGACCACGUCAUCGAAGCGUAAGGACAGCAGCAGCACAUCUGCGCCUUCUGGUGAACCACCAAAUCCAUUCGAAAAUGACCAGGGAGAGGCGGAUGGGGAGCCCUCGCUGCCCAGCUCGAAGAGUAGAGGGAAGAAAAGGGCCGUGGUUGAUUCAGACGAAGAGGAAGAACUUGUAUCUAAAUCUGGGUCUCCUCCAAAGAAAGCACGGACUGCGAGAAGACCAAGGAAGUCAGCACCAGCAGCACUUGGAUUGCAGGAUGAAGGAGAUGCGGAUGAGGGAGACCAAGGGAGUAAGACUAAGGAGAAUGCCAACCACCCGCUUGCGGAGAGUCAGCCAGCUCCACUCACCACUCCCAAAACCCCACUUCCUGCUUCAGCGUCGAGGAUCUCGAACUCGAAUCGUGCAUACUCGAUAUCCUCCAAGAAAUCGACACCAAUGUCCGAGCUCAUACGGAAGGUCAACUCCUUACCCGGAUCCCCCUUUGCGUCACCCAGACCUACAUAUUCGCCCUACACCAAGAGCUCCAAGAAUCUUCUGAAACGUAUCGCGCCGUUGCAUCCUAACAGACGCACGCCGCCCCCGCCUCCUCCCAGGCUGCCUCCGCCAAAGAAGAGCAAGAAGCAGCUCGAGCUGGAAGAGAAGUGGGAGAUGGAACUUGAAGAGACUGUGGACGGUUGGUAUUGCCUUCCGGAAGAGGAGAGAGCGGCACUACGGAAGGCCAAGAGAAAUGCGGAGAUGGGCUUUGAAGAUUGA